AUGACAUCUUCCAAAACUCCUAGGACCCUCCCCGCCCUCCCCGAGGAGAUCUGGCGUCUGAUCAUCCAACAUGGAGUAACGUUGCGAGCAACCUCCGACUUCCGCACCUGGCGAUGCGACCACUCCAACGAAAUAAACGACCAACGCCUCCACGACCCAACUACCCGAUUCGACCACCAGCGCGAGCGGAGGGACUACGCGGCUAUGCUUCCGCUUGCUCAAACAAGCAAGUUCUUCUCUCGUCUCGUGGCAAACGAGCUCUACCAGAACAUCGUGCUUGGUCUUCGGAGCCUGUCUAUUCAGGACCCUCCCCCGAGCAGUGGCUGGGCACCAGGGUGCCCGCGGAUGGAUAUAGACGGGUUUGAGCACACCAUCCGUAAGAUCCGAAAACUCCCUAGCUCGUAUGGAAAGAUUUUCCAGCAGCUGGAAGCGGUGUCCAUAGCGACGACGAGAUUCAAGAACGACUCUGACGAGGCGUUCUCCGUCUAUUCAUCGCCGCUUCUGACUGGCUUUCAGGUCCUUGGGUUCCUCAUAAUGAGGCACUGGCAUCGCUUGGCUGACUACCGGUCAACCUUGGUCCACCUGGACAUCGGCCACCUCUACCCCCAACUCAUCAAUGCUAGAUGGGUUGGCCUCACAGAACCCAGCGGGGCUCGAGCCCGCGAAGCCAGGGAGUUCAGACGCAUUCUGUCGACCUUCACUCGUCUCAAAUUCUUGCGCGUCUCUUAUGCCCUCCUUAUCGGCCAGCUGGAAGAGAAGACCAAAAACUUUGGCGACAUGCUAUCCGAACUCCUCCCUCCGUCCGUCGGAGAUUUCCAGAUAGCGGUGUUCAAUCAUGGGGUGGACAACCGAUAUGAUCGACCAAACAUUGACAUGUCCGUCAAGUGCUUUUUCGAGGGUCUCGAGUCAUGGACAUGGGACCUCGAACAGUAUAGAUACCGGCUCGAUUUCUUCGCCAAGUACCGCAAUCUCUGGGAUAUCAGUAUACUGGUUCACCAGAAGGGAAAUUCCCAGGACCAAUCGCGGCGGCGUUGA